AUGACGCGUGCGGAGAGGGAGGCGGAACGGUUAUUCAGAGAGCAUUAUACGGACGUGUGGGACGACGAUAGUCUGUUUUUGGCGGACCUAUUUGGCCUCCAGCCAUACGAGGAUCCUGAACCCGAAGAAUGGUGGUCUGCUAAUUAUGGUCUUUCUACGAAAGAAUCAAGACGCUUAGCAUAUGAACUGGCUAAAGAACAUAAUAAGACAAAACCUGCUUCAUGGGAAAAAAAAAAAAAUCAAAUGGCUGGAGAAGUGUGGUUGAAAUUGUUUAUGGAAAGACAUCCGAUUCUCUCUUUACGGUCUCCUCAAGCUACGAGUCUCAGCCGUGCUACUAGCUUUAACAAAAUGAAUGUUAAUUUUUUCUUUGAAAAUUACACUAGUAUUUUGCAUAAGCAUGGAUUUCAAGCUGCCGACAUCUGGAACAUGGAUGAAACUGGUGUUACCACAGUGCAAAAACCAAAUAAAGUAAUAGCUCGAAAAGGAGAGAAACAAGUUAGUGCUAUGACAUCAGCAGAACGAGGCACGUUAGUUACACUUGCUGUUGCUGUGAAUGCUAUUGGAAAGUAUUCCAUCGAUAUUUAUUUUCCCUCGAAAACCUUUCCAAGAUCAUUUUAUACGUGA